AUGCUAUUCCCUGCCUUCCUGAGGACAGCCGGCUACCCGCACCGCUGGAAGCGGCAUGAAAGGUGCCGUGGUGGGAGGUUUGGUUUGCAGCGUUGCAAGUGCUCCCAGCAGCACCGGUGCGUGCAUGGGGUCCGGGUGAAGAGCAGGUUGUCCGUGACAGUGGGAAGCGAUGGAGGCCUGAGCCUUGUCCUAAUGCGGGAAGCCAUCCGUAUGGAGACCUGUCGAGACAAUGUCUCUUCUAAACCUUCAAUUCAGUUUCAAGGAUUCCAAGGGCAUAUUAAAAUUCCCAAAGUUGAUCAGCCAAAUGAAGUGCAUACAUUUAACUUCUACAUGUCAAAUGUUGGCAAAGAUAAUCCUCAGGGAAGCUUUGACUGUGUCCAGCAAACAGACUCAAGUUCUGGAGACUCACAACUCAAUUGCCUGGGAUUUAUACAGAGUAAAAUUACAGUAUGUGCAACAAGCGAUUCCUAUCAGACGACCAGAGAGCGCGUGACCCAGGCAGAAGAGGAGUCGCGCAAUCGAAGUGCAAAGUUUAUUAAACCUGGUGGACCAUUUUUAGGAAGAAGAGUACAGGUCAGAAGACCACCACAAAACAUUACAGAUGCUGCGCCCGAGAGGAAGAGGUCAACACCCAUGAACCCUGCAAGUGUAAUACGGAGGACUCAGACGCACAAUGCUGUUUCUCAGCGACCGUACAGGGACAGGGUGAUUCACUUACUGGCACUGAAGAAUUACAAGAAACCAGAGUUACUUGCUCGCUUGCAGAGAGAUGGUGUCAACCAAAAGGACAAGAAUUCCCUUGGAACUAUCCUUCAACAGGUAGCCAUCCUGAAUCCAAAGGAUAAUUCUUAUGCUCUGAAGGAUUAUAUAUUUAAAGACAUUCAGAAGGAUUGGCCUGGAUACAAUGAAAUAGAUAAACAGACAUUGGAGUUUGUACUUUCUGGAAAAUUAAAUUCAUCUCAGAAUGCCACCAGCACCAGCCAUUUGGAAUCUUCUAAUAAAGAUGCUCCAUCAACUUCUCAGAAACGCCUUUGGAAUUCCAAUUUUAUCAUUCCCCUGAGCAAAAAGCAAAGGAUAUCUCACGUGAAAAGUCGAGCCCAGCCAUCUUUCAGUGGCUGCUUGCCUUCCUCCAGCAACAAAGCUGCUGAUGCCCCUCCGCUGCCUCCCCGCCCUGCAGCCACUGCUACUCCCGGUUCUCUGCCGCUGCCUCCCACACUCCCUCCUACUUCCAACCCUCCUCAAACUGCCAUCUCCAAGUCUCCCAGCACCCCUGAGGGACAGGGGACACAAGACCUGCCAGUGGACUGCCUUAGUCAAAAUAGCAGUAGCAUCUGUAAGAACCAGCAACAGAAAUAUACCUCUCAGACUCCUUUGGGAAUCCCAGUGCCUGCCGCGGUGCAGGUGAAGCCUCCCAAGCCCACAGGCAAGAAGCAUGUGGUGUUGCACCAAAAGCCCACAAGGGUGAAAGAGCACAAGAAGUAUAAAAGCAAAAUGCCAGACACUACUAGUGCAAACAAGGCGAACAGAGACCUUAGAAAAGAAGAAAGUGCCAACAUGAAAAAACCCUCCCAGUUGGACUCAGGUGAAGGAGUUAAAGAAACUUGCACUGCCUCCACAGAUCCUUCUUCAUCAAGUGAACCACCAGACUACAUUGUAAAAUACGUACCUAUAGUCUCAUAUGAACAACGCCAGAGUUACAAGGAUGACUUUAAUGCAGAGUAUGGUGAAUACAGGAACUUGCAUGCUCGGAUAGAGAGUGUCACCAGGACAUUCAUAAAGCUUGAUGCACAACGGAAGCUUCUUUCUCCAGGGUCUGCAGAAUAUCAGAUGCUUCAUGAGGAAGUCUUAGAAGAGUAUCGGAAGAUAAAAGAUUGUAGCCCCAACUACUAUGAAGAGAAGUAUAGAUGCGAAUAUCUCCACAACAAGCUGUCUCAUAUUAAGAGGCUAAUAGGGGAAUUUGAUGAACGGCAAGCAGAGUCAUUGCACUAG